GGUAUAAUUGCAAUUAUUGGGUUGCAAUAAUUUUUGUCGUUUAUUCUUCAUCCACCUGUCGUUCAACUCGCUGCAUCUGUAGCUUAAUCAACACAAAACAAAUCCACAACAAUUAUUCAAUUCAUUCAUCCAUGGCUUCUCGCCGCCGCAUGUUAUUGAAAGUCAUUAUCCUCGGAGAUAGCGGGGUUGGCAAAACAUCACUCAUGAAUCAGUAUGUGAAUAGAAAGUUUAGUAAUCAGUAUAAGGCUACCAUUGGCGCUGAUUUCCUUACCAAGGAAGUUCAAUUUGAAGAUAGGUUGUUCACAUUGCAGAUCUGGGAUACUGCUGGUCAGGAGAGGUUUCAAAGUCUUGGCGUUGCUUUCUACCGAGGUGCAGACUGCUGUGUCCUUGUUUAUGAUGUAAAUGUCAUGAAAUCUUUUGAAAACCUUAACCACUGGCGAGAAGAAUUCCUCAUUCAGGCCAGUCCAUCUGACCCUGAAAACUUCCCAUUUGUGGUGUUGGGAAACAAAAUAGAUGUUGAUGGUGGGAAUAGCCGAGUUGUUUCUGAGAAAAAAGCAAAAGCAUGGUGUGCUUCCAAGGGGAACAUACCGUACUUUGAGACCUCUGCAAAGGAGGGAUUUAAUGUUGAAGCUGCUUUUGAGUGUAUAACCAAAAAUGCUCUCAAGAAUGAACCUGAAGAAGAAUUAUACAUGCCUGAAGCAAUUGAUGUUGGCGGUGGUGGACAGCAACAGAGGUCAACAGGGUGUGAAUGUUGACAAGAGUUCUUUGAAUCAUCAGUUUCACACGCAUGAUUGGUGCCAAAACUCAACAUCCUUACAUUUCGUGAUAUAGUCUGCAAUUUCAACAAUGAAAAGUCUAGGACAACUUAUCCUUCGUGUAUCCCACUAGUGGCUUAGAUGUUCUCCUGUCUAGUUACUUAUAAUAUUUUUAAUAAAUGUUUACCCCCUUCUAUUUCAUCAGUAAAUACAUGCUGAGAAUUUCAAGUUGCUUGCUUUUAUUUUGUCCAUAUAUAUGUAUCAAGUUUAAGUACAUUACUUUAAAUUGUAGUAUGUUUAUUUGGCGCAUGAUAUUCCCCCAAUGAUUUUUUUGGGGGGGAUUGGAGAUAGAAGUUUUACAGUCAUAGUAAUA